AUGGCAACUCUCAGCAACUACAUGAAGGCUUGCCAGGGUCCUACGGUGGGUAUUGACAAACGAAAGGCGCCGAUCGAGAAACGCGCCUGCACCCACCGAGCCCCGGAGUACCCGCCACUGGAGCAGCCAUCGACAGCACCAGCCGACGUUUUACUCCUGGUAGAACCACAACAUCAUCGCAAGAUGGGUCGAUUGGCCGAACUGCAACGCAAGAACUUGGAACAUCUCAUGGGCGCGGAGGCGAUGGGUAUAAUUCAAGUCGACUUGAAAUUCACCGAUCCGAAAGUAUGCCGAAGCUAUCUCUGUGGAGCAUGCCCUCACGAUCUGUUUACAAAUACAAAAAUGGACUUGGGUGCCUGUGCAAAAACACAUUCUCAAAAGUUAAAAGGAGAGUACGAAGCUGCCUUGAAACGCAGUCAAAGUGACAAUCCAGAAGAAAGUACUGAGAUCGUCUCUCCUCAAGAACUUCAAUCGAUGAGAAGAGAAUAUGAAAACAACAUCCUUGGCUUCGUCGAAGAAUGCGAUAGACGUAUCCGUGCAGCCCAAAAACGUCUGGAAAAGACGCCCGAAGAGAACAACCGUACCACCGCCCUGAUGCGUGAAAUCGGAGAAAUUCAAACUGCGUACGAAGGGGCCAUGGCUGAAGUCGAAAAUUUAGGGGAAUCCGGUCAAGUUGAUCAAUCCAUGGCCGAAUUGGCCAAAGCUGAAGCUCUUAAGGCCGAAAAGCUGGAGAAAGAGCGAGAGCUGCAGCAGCUGACUGAAACUUCUGGAGCGUCUGGUCAUCAGAAGCUGCGUGUCUGCGAUAUUUGUGGGGCGUAUCUUUCGAUAUUGGACAGUGAUCGACGUCUGGCUGACCAUUUUGGCGGCAAAAUGCACUUAGGAUAUCUGCAACUUCGACAAACGAUUGAAGAAUGGCGCACUCGUCCACACGGACUCAACGCCCCUUCACUGCUCAACAACAAUCCUGGUCUGACUGCAGGUCUUCAAGCGGCCCACUUUGGCCAACAGCGAGCGCAAGCCGCAGCAGCCCAGAAUUCAACUACUUCGCAGAAUGGAUGGGGAAGUCGAGGAGAGAAGGGUCGAGAGCAAGAGGGACGUAUGUCGCCGCCAGCUGGUCCAAGAUAUCGAGACAAGGACUAUGAUGACCGUCGUGGAAGUCGCAGAGAACCUGACGACUACGACAAAAGAAAGCAUGAUGACGACCGGCCACCCAAGGACGACCGUGAUAAGCGGAGAAGAUACGACUGA